AUGACAACAAACAUGGCGUCCUCAAUGUCACUUCUUGGACUGGGACGCUUUUCUGUGAUUAACGCAGCUUGUAAAGUGUUCCUGAGCCCUGUCAGGUCGACGAGCACGUCCGCGCAGAGGCUGGCAGAGGCCGCGGGACGAGACACGCAGCUUAUCACAGUUGAUGAGAAAUUGGACAUCAGCGCUGUGACAGGGGUGCCGGAGGAGCAUGUAAAAACGCGCAAAGUUCACAUCUUCGUGCCUGCCAAAACGGCCAUGCAGUCGGGAGUGAACAGCACUAAGAAGUGGAAGAUGGACUUUGACACCAGGGAGCGUUGGGAGAACCCACUGAUGGGCUGGGCCUCAAGCGCCGAUCCCUUAUCCAACAUGGUGCUCUCUUUCUCUUCCAAAGAGGACGCCGUUGCGUUUGCCGAAAAAAACGGUUGGAGCUACGAAAUCACCGACAAACGGGCCCCCAAGCCUCGCGUCAAAUCGUACGGCGCCAACUUCUCCUGGGAUAAGAGGACCAGAAGAUCCGCCAAGUAA